GCGAAAUUUCCUUUUCUCCACCUUCUUUCCAUUCCUAACUAGGCUUCCGUUUCGGCGUUGGUGCGCGGCUGGCAUCUCUAAGAGGAGUUCCCCUGGGGCAGGUAGAUUUGCUGCAGCUCCACGAGCUCCUGAAGCGGGGACGCUGGAAAGCGGAGGACUUGCACCCAGCUCCAACAAGCUUUGGCGCCCGCUAUUCACAGUACGUAUAUCUAGGACCUAUCAGUUGCAAAGAAAAAUACUCCUUCCAACUGCCAGAGCAGUACAGGAGCCAUGGCGUACUGUUCUGCAAGACUAAGGACCAGAAAAACUUAUUUGUGGGUUGGCAGGCCGUCGUUGGAUCAAAAACUACACUACCAAACCUACAAAGAGAUGAGUAUGAAAAGAGAAGGUUAUUCGACUGAGAUUCACAUCCAAGUUGGACAGUUUGUGUUGAUUGAGGGGGAUGAUAAUGAAAAUCCAUAUGUUGCUAAAUUGGUUGAGUUGUUUGAAGACGAUUCUGAACCUUAUUCCAAAAAACGUGCUCGAGUACAGUGGUUUAUCCGAUUCUGUGAAGUCCCUGUCUGUAAACAGCACUUGCUGGGCCGGAAGCCUGACACACAAGAGAUAUUCUGGUAUGACAACCCUGCCUGUAACAGCAACAUUAAUGUCGAGACCAUCAUUGGCUGUGUGCGGGUGGUAGCUUUAGCCCCAGAUGAGGUCAUACCUAUAGAUCUGAAAAAUGAGAAGACAUUCUUUGUGAAACUAUCUUGGAAUGAGAAAAAAUUCAAACCACUACCUCCAGAAGUAUUUGCUCAGUUGAAUAAGCUUCAAGAAGACAAUCAUAGAUAUCAGAAGUCCACGGAAGCCAAAACUAAGAGUACAGAAAGCCCUUCUUGGACCACAACAGAACAUGCAGUCAAAAGGAUUGAAUCAAGGCAUUCCACUUCCAAAUCUCGUCACACUGCUUCCCAUCCUGUCACCCCAAGGGCAAGGAAGAGGCUGGAGCUCAGUGGUUUCCCUAGGACUCCUAACACAAGGAUUUCCCAGGCAACUUCAUGUGCCUCAUUGGAUUCUCCUGGAAGAAUGAAACGGAAAGUGGCUUUCUCUGAGAUCAUGUCACCUUCAAAGAGGUCUCUGCCUGAUGGUUCUCAGACCUUGUCUCCAGCUCUGAAAGCCCCAGAGAAAACUGGAGAGAUUCAACACUCUUGUACCAAAGAUGCCAAGAAGACUUCACCUGAUCAUGGCAUGAUCCUGAGAACUCGAGUCCCAGCUUUGAAAACAACAGAGACUAGUGAAGAAAGAACACUUACUCCUACCCGCGGGGGACGGAAAUCCUCAGUAGUGACUUCUGUGAUUCUGAAACCAGAAUACAUCGAAAGAAGGGAGGGCAAAGAGCCAGAAGUUCAGGAUGAAGCUACCUCUACUUCCCGUAUCCGCAGGAAGAGUUCUCUCUUGACUUUGAAUCGGAUUAGGCAGCAGCUUAGGUUUUUAGGUAACAGUAAAAGUGACGAAAGUGAUGAAGAGUUUCUGCCAGCAGCCGAGAUUUCAGACUGUGACAGUGAGGAGGAAGAGGCUUCCACAACCCCGCUUUCAAGGAGAACACCCAAUAGUGUGUCCAGGAACCUACGCUCCUCCAUGAAGUCAUCCUUACAGACCCCCUCCAAGACACCAAAGAAAACUCCUGAGCCCAGAACACCACGUGAUGCCACUCCCCGGAUCCGCAGCCGAAACCUGGCUGCCCAGGAGCCCACCAACAUGCUGGAGGAGGCCCGGCUAAGGCUGCAUGUUUCUGCUGUACCCGAGUCUCUUCCCUGUCGGGAGCAGGAAUUCCAAGACAUUUACAACUUUGUGGAAAGCAAACUCCUUGACCGCACUGGAGGGUGCAUGUACAUCUCCGGGGUCCCUGGGACAGGGAAGACUGCCACUGUGCACGAGGUGAUGCGCUGCCUGCAGCAGGCAGCCCAAGACGGUGACGUUCCUCCCUUUCAAUACAUUGAGGUCAAUGGCAUGAAGCUGACAGAACCCCACCAAGUCUACGUGCAGAUCUUACAGAAGCUGACAGGUAAAAGGGCAACAGCCAACCACGCAGCAAAACUGCUGGCUAAGCGAUUCUGCGCUCAAGGGUCCUCUCAGGAAACCACCGUGCUGCUUGUGGAUGAGCUUGACCUUUUGUGGACCCAGAAACAAGACGUAAUGUACAAUCUCUUUGACUGGCCCACUCACAAGGAGGCCCGCCUUGUGGUCCUGACCAUUGCUAACACCAUGGACCUGCCAGAGCGCAUCAUGAUGAACCGGGUGUCCAGCCGACUGGGUCUGACCAGGAUGUCCUUCCAGCCCUAUACUCACAGCCAGCUGCAGCAGAUCCUAAUGUCCCGACUCAGACAUGUAAAGGCUUUUGAGGAUGAUACCAUCCAGCUGGUAGCCAGGAAGGUAGCAGCCCUCUCUGGAGAUGCACGACGCUGCCUGGACAUUUGUAGGCGUGCCACAGAGAUCUGUGAGUUCUCCUGCCAGAAGCCCGACUCCCCUGGCCUGGUCACUACAGCCCAUUUACUAGAAGCCAUAGAUGAGAUGUUUUCAUCAUCAUAUAUCACUGCCAUCAAAAAUUCCUCCGUUCUGGAACAGAGCUUUCUGAGAGCCAUCCUUGCAGAGUUCCGUCGAUCAGGACUGGAGGAAGCAACAUUUCAACAGGUAUACGUUCAACAUGUGGCUCUGUGCAGGAUGGAGGGCCUCCCGUACCCCACCAUGUCGGAGACGAUGGCGGUGUGCUCUCGCCUGGGUGCCUGCCGUCUCCUCCUCGUGGAGCCUAGCAGGAAUGACGUGCUCCUUCGGGUGCGGCUCAACGUCAGCCAGGAUGAUGUGCUGUAUGCUCUGAAAGAGGAGUGAAGGGCUUCACAAGGAAGGACUGUGAUCUGUUUUUAAGGAGCCCUAUUUCCUUUUUCUAAGCACAUGGAAUCAUUGUAGCAAAGUAUGGAAAUGGCUGUCAUGUAUUUUGGGAUUUUCCAUUAAAUCAUUUACUUUUUCCGGGGUGUUUGGGAAGUUUUACAGUCAUUAUAAAUAUCAAAUUAUAAAACCACACACCGUCCUUCCUACAGUAGGCCCUCUCUCUGGCUUUUAUUUCUGUUAGUAGCCCUGCCAUUUAUUUAAUGGUAAAAUACCAUGUAUAUAAAUACAAUUACUGUAUGUAUAUAAAUGCAAUUACUGUAUCUAUAUAAAAUAGUUCCAGGGGACUUCCGUGGUGGUCCAGUGGCUAGGACUCUGUGGGCCUGGAUUUGAUCCCUGGUCGAGAAACUAGAUCCUACAUGUAAGAUCCAUCACAGCCAAAUAAAUAAAUACUGUUUAUUAAAAAAAAUAGUUCCAAGAGAGUAAAGAAUUAGUUAUAUUGGUUGCCUCUGAGAUGGCUACCUUCAGGGCUAGAGGAAGUCUUUCAUUGUAUGUCAUUAUGUUUCUUUUAACUUUUGAACAAUGUGGGUGUAACAUACUUAGUGUAUAAAAAAGAACUGUUGGAAAUAAUAUCAGUAAUAAAUAAUCCCUAGCAACAAAUAGUAGAAAAUGGAAUUUUUAAAAAGGUACCAUCUAUCAUAAAAAAAUCUUUAAAAAUCACUUAGAUGGCACAAAAACUUAAGGAACCUAGGAAUAAAUCUAUUAAUAAUAAAGAGAUAUAAUUAAUCUCUUAAUUUAAAUAAAUUCUGAUUAAAAUCUUGAUAGGGUUUUUUGUGUAACUUUACAAGUUAAUUCUGAUAAACCAACAACUGAACAAACUGACAUCUAAAAACCUGAUGUCAGGGGCUGAGGAAAACACAUCAUCCAUGUCAUAGUCCUGCCAGAAAUGUUUGCUGUGAACCUACCAAUAAAAAAAAUUAUCAGGUAAAUCAAAAUUUACCUAAUAAAAAGAGCUAAAUAGCUAAAUAGA